AGGUCGCAUUAUGUGGCGCGGUGCUGUGGCAUUUGGAUGCCUCUGAGUCUGGGGCCGGUCGACUCGUGAAAGAUGAACGCCUCAGAUAGAGACGUUUACGUCCGCAACUGCACACCGCCGGCCAUCGAUGACUUCCCCGCGGGUCUGUUCACGGAGCUCCAGAGGCAGCAUGGCGCUAUCGUCCUCCACGCCUUCAUCUCCAUCUAUCUUUUCGUCGCGCUGGCUGUCGUCUGUGACAAGUUCUUCGUGCCUGCUGUCGAUCGGAUAUGCACUGCACUAAACAUGACGAACGACGUAGCUGGUGCUACAUUCAUGGCAGCUGCUACGUCAGCACCAGAGCUGUUCGUCAACGUCAUUGGGACCUUCAUCACUGAGGGAGACAUCGGCGUUGGGACCAUCGUGGGGUCAGCCGUUUUCAAUAUCCUCGCAGUGGCCGCCUGCUGUGGAAUCGGAGCAGGAAUGGUUGUUCCACUUGAUUGGUGGCCUCUGACGCGGGAUUGUCUUGCUUACGGAAUAACUGUAUCCAUACUUAUCUGUAUAAUGCACGAUGAAUAUGUUCAGUGGUAUGAAGCAUUUUUGCUGGUCUUACUCUACGGAGUUUAUAUCUGCAUCAUGUACUACGACAAGUCAAUACAGAACUUUGCCAAAGGAAGCUGGAAAUGUGUAUCGAAUAUGAUGAAGAAGGAUGACGAAAAAUCAGAAAGUGAUGUUGCGGUUGAAAAAGAUCCAAAAUCUAUAAACAACAGGGCUGAUGGAGAUCAUCAUCAACAAAAUGGAAAUAUAAAAACUGUCGCUAUCUUAUAUUCUGAUGUAAGUGAAAAGAAGGCGGUAGAUAACAAGGGCUUUGAUGAAGAUCAAAUCACAAAUGAUGAACAUAUUCCUAAGAUAGAUAAUGAAAUUGCCCUUCAAGAUGAAAUCAACCAAGUGAACAUUGAAGAGGGUAAUAAAGAGGCUGCAGAUGAAUACGAACAUUCUCUAUGGAAAUGGCCUUCUGGAAGAAGCGCUAUUACUAAGGCAACAUGGAUAAUUACCUGGCCUAUCCAUUUGGUAUACUUGUUUACGAUCCCAGAUUGUGAAAAACCACGUUUUAAAAAUUGGUUCCCACUGACAUUCAUCAUGUGCAUAGUUUGGAUUGGUUCAUUGUCAUAUGUUGUUGCUUGGAUGAUAACUAUAAUCGGUGACACUUUAAUGAUUCCGGAUUCAGUGAUGGGUAUUACAUUUCUCGCUGCUGGUACCUCCGUACCAGAAGCAGUUUCAAGUGUGAUUGUGGCUAAGCAGGGUCAUGGCUCUAUGGGGAUAAGCAAUUCAAUUGGAUCAAAUACCUUUGAUAUUCUGCUAUGUUUAGGUUUACCAUGGCUAAUCAAAGCUUCACUCACGCCUGCUGAACCAGGAAAUUAUUGGGUGAAAAUAAAUUCGAUGGGAUUGGAAUAUUCGGCGAUAUCGUUACUGUCGACUCUGCUGCUCCUGUACCUCACCUUCUGGUUUAACAAGUUCAAGCUGGAUGCAGCAGUAGGAAGAGCCUGCUUGGCCAUGUACGCCAUGUUCUUAGUUCUGGCCACCCUCAUUGAAUUAAACGUUUUCUUCCCCGUAAAUGUGCGCACUUGCAGGAGAAGUGAACUGAAGUCUUAAAUUAGUAAUUAGUGAUAUGCGUGUUUUCUGUGUGAGGUGUGAAUUACAUCUGCUUUUUAAAAUGCCUUUGUUGAGUCAAUGUUGUUAUUAGUAAGUGACAUACACUUUGAUUUUGACAAUUAAGUUUUUGCCGUCGCAAUUAAAUAAUUUACCACUAUCAUAAUAACUAAUAACUGUUUUAAUGCCGGGGUAUCUCAUUAUUUCCGUGUAUAGGUCAAGGAAUAGUUCUGUGCGACUAAUAAUAGAACGAAAUGUAGAUGAAAGUAGUUUUUUAUUAUUAUUUAAAAUAGUUGUUAUAUUUUCAUACCUGUUUUGGGACAUUAAAAUUGUUAGAUUGCAGGGGCAACAUAACAUAAAAGGGGUUUUAGGAAUAAACUCAGAUUAUAUCUUUGCCGGAAUUAAAGGGUGACAAAGAAGUACUCAAUCGAGCUAUGACCGGUUUCUAAGGUUUUUCGACAGGAGGUUUAUCGAUUCACUAGCGCUAUUGAUUUGUUAGCGUCAAAAUAUUAUUAUUAACCAGUCAACGCCUUGAAAUAGAGACAUUUCUACCUAAGGCUGGCCGAAAACGCACGUAAUUCCGAAUACGGAAAACGAAUUCGUAUAUCGAAUACGG